AGAUCAGCUGCUGCUGCUUGCGGAGGAGGCGGAAGCGGCGCCGGCCAGCGGGGAAGCCUCUCUCUGGGCAGGGAAGGGAGGGGAGGCGACGGGCAUUUCAGCCAGGCCGCUCAGCAGCGGCCAUGCCCCCGCAGUAGCUCUCUCGCCUAGUCCCCACGCUGGGGCAGGGCAGGGGCAAUCCGGCCCGAGCGCUUGAGAUGCCCGACGCUGGGCGGGCGCUGCUGGCAUGGCCUCCUUCGCGACUCCCGGGCAGCAGGACGGCGACAGCGGGGAGCUGGACCGCUCCCUUCAGCAGAUGCUGCGGGCCAUAGUGGAGGAGAGGACCCGCGUGAGCCUCCGCCACGAGAUCAGUGGGCUCGGUUUUUUCAAAGAUGACCGCAUCGUAUUCUGGACAUGGAUGUUUUCCACCUACUUUAUGGAGAAAUGGGCCCCGAGGCAAGAUGAUAUGCUCUUCUAUGUUCGCAGGAGGCUGGCCUAUGUUAGCGGAGAUGGCGUAGAAGAAAAGAAGGUUGACGUUGAAGUAUACCGCAGAGAUUCCAAGAAGCUUCCAGGUUUGGGUGAUCCUGACAUUGAUUGGGAGGAGUGCGUCUACCUGAACCUUAUACUACAGAAGCUGGAUUAUAUAGUGACAUGUGCAGUAUGUACUCGUUCCGAUGGAGGGGAUAUUCACAUCCAUAAAAAGAAGUCCCAGCAAGUCUUUGCAUCUCCAAGUAAACACCCCAUGGACAGCAAGGGCGAGGAAUCGAAGAUUAGCUAUCCAAACAUAUUUUUUAUGAUUGACAACUUUGAAGAGGUAUUUAGUGACAUGACUGUAGGGGAAGGCGAGAUGGUUUGCGUGGAGCUGGUGGCCAGUGACAAAAGUAACACUUUCCAAGACGUUAUUUUCCAGGGAUCCAUCCGCUAUGAGGCCCUCAAGAAGGUCUACGAUAAUAGGGUGAGCGUGGCAGCGAAAAUGGCACAGAGAAUGUCCUUUGGUUUUUAUAAAUACAAUAAUAUGGAGUUUGUGCGUAUGAAGGGGCCUCAGGCCAAAGGACAUGCGGAAAUGGCAGUGGGUCGCGUUUCCACAGGUGACACGUCUCCUUACGGUACAGAAGAAGAUUCGAACCCAGGCUCACCGCUGCAUGAGCGAGUCACGUCCUUCAGCACCCCUCCAACGCCAGAACGCAACAGCCGCCCUUCCUUUUUCUCCCCGUCCCUCAAGAGGAAGGUGACCCGAAAUCGAAUCGCGGAGAUGAAGAAAUCCCACUCGGCCAACGACAGCGAGGAAUUCUUUCGGGACGAUGAAGAUGGAGAUUUGCAUAACGCAACAAACCUACGCUCCCGGUCGUUGUCUGGAACCGGACGCUCCCUGGUGGGUUCUUGGCUGAAGUUGAACCGAACGGAUGAAAACUUCCUCCUCUAUGCACACUUAACCUACGUCACGCUGCCGUUGCAUCGGAUUUUAACUGAUAUUCUGGAGGUGCGACAGAAACCGAUUCUGAUGUCCUAGCCAAGAGCCGGGUGCUGCCUUGGAAAACUCGCAGCCAAGUGCCUAAAAACAAAAACAAAAAAACUUAUCUCUUGCUGUCUUCUGUCACACGGUCACCACUUGUGUCAGGAACAUAACUUUGAAAACAAAAAAAAAGGGAUCUCUAGGAAUAACCAGCCAAUCAAGAAGUGCCUCUUUUGCUCUUUCCUCCCCUUUAAGAGAACCGGAACUGGCUCGUAUUUCUUUAUAGACAAAACUGGUAGAAGAUUUCUAAAGCAAAAAAACCCCCUCCCUGAAAAUAAUAAUAAUAAUAAUAAUAAAAAAAGGAAACAAGGGGGAAACAAAAUUAACCCGCCACCAUCUCAGAAGUAGGGGCUGCGUAUAAAAACAACGGCAACGACGAAGGCGAUGCUCGAUGGAUAGCAUUUCCUUUCCUAAUUGGAAACCAACCUGUACAAAAAGCAUUCAUCUUUAUAUACCUUGAAUCGGAUUUCAUACUGGGUGAAUCAAUGAACAUUGGUCUUUUCCAUGUGCAUAAGAAAGCAAAUCCUCUCCUGUAGAUGCUUUCAUCAGAUAGGAUCGCGACGUAGCAUAACAUCCGCAGGGAAGUUAAAGGUGGGGGGGAGGAGGGUGUUAGAUGUUCAUGGAGGAGCGUAGCGGGGGAAUCCGAUGGCCAGGUUUCUCUCCUUCUCUCAAAGGGAUAUAUUUUCAAAGCCUCGUAGCACGGAUGGGUUCUGAGAUGUCAUCUUCGCCUACUAAAGAUCAGCCAACAACAACAAAAAAAACCCAGCCAAAAAAAGUCUUAAGGGUUGAGAUUGUAGGAAAAUGUCCAUUUUUGCCUCCAGUCGGUCUUCCACUAUAUGGCGGCCUCUGAUUUUGAGGAAGGAGGAGGAACACGCGCUAACUGGAGGUCAGGAAGGAAAAUACAGAGGAACCUCAGCCUGGACGAAUUGGGAAAUUAAAAUAAAUCUAAGGAAAACUCCUCAAAAUC